AAAUCGCCGAGUCGUUGACAUCAUCCAUGUUUACUUCGGCGUCCACCUGUGCAGAAACGCAAACACCAAAAGUGCCCCCAUUUUGCGCAAAACCCAUGUAAACCACCCCUAGCCACAUACAACCUCCAAAUGAAUUGAAAUGUCGGUGUUGGACGACCGGGACGCGUACAAAAGCAACCCCUAUUUCCACAAAACCGAGUACGGAGAUUUCACCCCGUUCUACAUCACUGUGACCAUCUGCACCAUCGUCGGACUGUCCAUCUUCAUUCUGAAUAUCGUGUUAGGGUGUUGCUCGAGGUAUUCGGGGUAUUGGAACGACCGACACACCGGUAAUCGUUGGAUUGCGUCACUGUGGACCGCCACCCCCCACCAGCAACCCCCUCUAGACUACACCGAAUUAAAAGAAAUCGUCAUUCCGAAACAAGUGGUGUACGUGCCACCCCCAGCGGAAAAAGUGGAGUAUCGCGAACUCCAGAAGCGCGAAAGCGACAUCUAA